AUGAUUCUGGAGGAGAAAGAUGCGUCUGAUUGGAUUUACAGAGGCGAAGGAGGUGCCAAUCUCGUUCUUGCUUAUGCUGGAUCAUCUUCCCUUUUUGUGGGGAAAGUGAUUCGUAUACAGAAAGCUCGAAAGAACGAGAAAGCAAACAAGAGUGUGAAUGGAUUUGUUUCUGUUUUAACAACCGACGAGCAACUUCUGUGGAGGGAAAACAAGGAGCUUAUGUCAUCUCCAAACAAAGAAGCUCUUGAGCAAAGAUAUGUCAUGAAUGUGAUCAUACCACUCUUGGGUCCAAAACAUGUUGAUGCAGGAAUUCGUGUUUCUGUGUCCAAGGAGUUUCUUCAGUCUGUUGACAAGAAAGUAACUAAGCAGCGUCCUCCAUGGCGUGUGAAUGCAGCAAAUGUUGACACUAGUCAUGACUCUGCUCUUAUCUUGAACGAUCAUUCACUUUUCUCUCAAGGGAUUUCUAGUGGUGGUGACUGCUUUAGCGUUGAAAUAAAGCCGAAAUGCGGAUUUCUUCCAACCUCAAUGUUCAUCAGUGAAGAGAACAAGCUCAAAAGAAGCGUAAGCCGUUUCAAAAUGCACCAAAUUUUGAAGUUGGAACACAACGAGAUAUCUGAAGUAAGCGAGUAUGAUCCUCUUGAUCUCUUCUCUGGAUCCAAAGAGAGAGUCACAGAAGCUAUAAAAGCCUUAUACUCCAUCCCACAGAACAACUUCCGUGUGUUCUUGAAUGGUUCCAUCAUAUUAGGAGGUUCCGGUGAAAGCACAGGAAGAACAAGCCCUAAAAUCGCGUAUGCCUUUGAGGAUGCACUCAAAGGCUUCAUUCAAUCAAGCGACGGUCUCAGGACAGAAUGUUUCUUGCAGCUAGUAUCUGAUACUGUCUAUGACUCUGGAGUGCUCGAUAAGCUUCUUGAGGUUCAGAAGCUGGAUAAGUUGGACAUUGAAGGAGCGAUUCAUUGUUAUUACGAUGUAAUCAACCAGCCUUGUCCUUUAUGUAAAGAGAGUGGACAGUUGGAGAAGUACUCUUCUCUACAUGGUUUACCUUUAGAUGAGAGCUUGAAGAUCGUCAAGGAGUAUAUGACUGCUGCAACGGCCAAGGACUGUAGUCUUAUGAUUAGUUUUCAGUUAAGGAAAGGUUGUGAUUCAGCUCCUUCUUGUGAUGCUGUUUGUCUUCAGUCGACUAAUCAAGUGUUUGAUUACAAGGCACACUUCAUUGACUUAAGCUUGAAACCAUUAAAGAGAAUGGAGGCAUACUACAAACUGGAUAAGAAGAUAGUUAGCUUCUACACUCAGAAGCAGAAGUUUGUAAACGGAGAAGAACAAGUCGGCGAUCCAAAGUCUUCUGAUAGCUUAAGUCAUUGA